GUGAGAAGGUUAAAUCGGGUUGAGAGCUCUUGUACAAGGAUAUCCCUCGAUAUCCCUCGUCAGCGGUUGGACCACCGACAAGGUUUGCUUGGUGACUUCGUAUUCGGGGUUGGGCAGCGAAUCGAUAAGUCGGGCGAACACGAACUGGUCGUUUACCGUGGCUCCGCCCCCUUGCCGCAUCAUGUUGGCCAUACCCAUGAGCUUGUUCAAACUGGCGACGGGGUUCUCCUUCCGAGGAGUCUGGUGCUGCUGGAACUCUCUGAAAAGCUGCUGCUGUGCACCCUGUGUCUCCGGUAGGUAUGCCGCAUCUAGUUGCCGCAGGGCUUCCCUUGGGUUCGUGCAACGACGGAGGAUGGCUUUGUCCGUCUCAGUAGUCAACGCGGCAGAGAGGAAAUUCCACGCCAGAUACGUCUUGCGGAUUGCUGCAUACGAAAACCCCUGCUCGAGAAGGGCGGUCUGUGGCUUGUUGAUGUCCGGCAGCACCCCGCCGCCGGAGAACACAUCGCCUAUGUCGAGAAUGCCUGCCUGCACGAUCAUAUCCUGCCUCCACCCCGGGUACUGCUCGGCCCCUUUCUUGAGCUGUGGUGGGUUUACGUGAGACGCGGCGAGUUUCGAAAUUCCGCCGCCUCCCGUGAAACGACCCUCAUNGUCUCAGUAGUCAACGCGGCAGAGAGGAAAUUCCACGCCAGAUACGUCUUACGGAUUGCUGCAUACGAAAACCCCUGCUCGAGAAGGGCGGUCUGUGGCUUGUUGAUGUCCGGCAGCACCCCGCCGCCGGAGAACACAUCGCCUAUGUCGAGAAUGCCUGCCUGCACGAUCAUAUCCUGCCUCCACCCCGGGUACUGCUCGGCCCCUUUCUUGAGCUGUGGUGGGUUUACGUGAGACGCGGCGAGUUUCGAAAUUCCGCCGCCUCCCGUGAAAAGACCCUCACCAGCGACAUCACCGCUGACGAAAACACCACCAACGCCACCGCCGGUUGCGGCUGCCUCACCUUGGGAGCCAUAUCCUCUGCCGUAGCCGCCUACACCCACUGUGCCCGUCGCGGCGGACCCCUGGCUGCUGUUCGGGGCUGCAGCGUCACCGCUGGCCCCUGUCGAUGCCCCUACGUCACCGCCGGACUCCUCCUCCUGCUGAACACCUCCAACAUCCAACGCUCCCCUCAUCAACGAUGGAAGCUGGCUCAUCACCUGGCUCAUCAUGGCUUGCAUCCUGCCUUCCAUCGCUUCGCCUAACCGCUGUUCCAUGCCAGUCAACCGAGCGUCCAGUUCAGCGUCGUUGACGCUGGCUGCUGGAACCCCGGCGUCACCCUGAUUCAACGCCAUGGUCCGCUCUGUCAAAGCAGAUCUUCCCGGGAAGAAGCGCUAGCGUGUUCGUGAGCUCUGGCAACAGUACUUGCCGUGCGGACUUGCGGCUGCUGUUUAACUGGUUGAAUUAGCACGCGAUAGAGAAGGCACAUAUCUCUCCAGGUUGACAAUGGAAUCAUAGCGUCAGAAAAAACUUCCUGUAGUCUAUGCCUACGAUUUCCCAGAAAGCAUAUAGGGACAUCUCCCCCCUGCGGAUAACAGGCUCAACAAAUCAGUUUGGUAGCUGUCUUGUGUGUCUGAUAUAUGUUAUGAUGUUGGUGCGUUUUUUUUCCGCGUUUGUUUGAAGAAAACAAACUUCGCGCACACGCACACAUCCACCUUACUUACCGCACGACACGUGCUCCGAGAGCACAGCUAUCAAUCCUUGAGGCAACUAGUGUGGAACCGGCGCGCGUUGGGGUCAUUUCCGGUGAACUUUUGUGUUUAAAAGAACGUGCUGGGGGCGUGCGUGCGUGGUGGGCGUGGUUGGGACAACUUUUCACCCGCACCAGUGACCGCGGUAGCCGCCUCUCCUACGGCAGACGUCGUGUGCAUCCCCGCUCCUUGACGGACGUAGCGAGUCAUCAGUCACACCAGCGGUCAAGUGCUUGGAAGUCAGGGUUAGCACAGUUCACCCGGCGGCGUGGUUCGAGUUGGGAGCAUGGUUUGGGUUGGGAACGCAUUGGAGUUGCCGCAUUGCCACUACCGCCAGGACGAGGACAAGCUCCUCCUCUCCAGCCACCGCACACAGCAGAGCCGC